GCGCCUGCGCACCGCGGCCGAGCAGGGAGGGCGGGGCGCCCGGGGCGCGCAGCUGGCCGGCUGAGGGGCUGCGGCGGCCGCGGCGGGCAACAUGGACAGCGCCGGGAAGGAGCGCGAGGCGGUGCAGCUGAUGGCGGAGGCCGAGAAGCGAGUCAAGGCCUCCCACUCCUUCCUCCGAGGGCUGUUUGGUGGAAACACAAGAAUAGAAGAGGCAUGUGAAAUGUACACCAGAGCUGCAAAUAUGUUCAAGAUGGCUAAAAAUUGGAGUGCUGCAGGAAACGCAUUUUGUCAGGCAGCCAAGCUCCACAUGCAGCUUCAGAGCAAACAUGACUCUGCAACCAGCUUUGUGGACGCUGGGAACGCUUACAAAAAGGCAGACCCGCAAGCAUACGCUUCAGAGGCUAUCAACUGCUUAAAUGCAGCCAUCGACAUUUACACAGACAUGGGGAGGUUUACAAUCGCAGCCAAGCACCAUAUCACUAUUGCAGAGAUCUAUGAGACUGAACUUGUGGACAUUGAGAAGGCUAUUGCACAUUAUGAACAAUCUGCUGAUUAUUACAAAGGAGAAGAAUCCAAUAGCUCAGCUAACAAGUGUCUGCUGAAGGUGGCAGCAUAUGCCGCCCAGCUUGAGCAGUACCAGAAAGCCAUCGAGAUCUAUGAGCAGGUUGGGGCAAACACAAUGGAUAAUCCUUUGUUGAAGUACAGUGCAAAGGAUUACUUCUUCAAAGCAGCCCUCUGUCACUUCAUAGUGGACGAGUUGAAUGCCAAGCUUGCUCUUGAGAAGUAUGAGGAAAUGUUUCCAGCAUUUACGGAUUCAAGAGAAUGUAAAUUAUUGAAAAAACUUCUAGAGGCUCAUGAAGAACAGAACAGUGAAGCUUAUACUGAAGCAGUGAAGGAAUUUGACUCAAUAUCUCGCUUGGAUCAGUGGCUAACCACCAUGUUGCUUCGUAUCAAAAAGUCCAUCCAAGGGGAUGGAGAAGGAGACGGAGACCUAAAAUGAAAUGUCUCUAUCUUUGUGGCAUGUAGCUAACUCCUCUUUAGUUUUGUCGUAGGGCUAAGUGAUCUUUAUGGGAUGCUCAUUCAGUGGCUUAAUUUUGUUGCAUAUGAGCCAAAUGGCCCGUGUGUUGUUUCAGCUCACCGUGUCUGUGUUGCUGUGGAACGGAUGAAGGGGAGGCCUCUGUUAGUCUGUGGUUGUGAUGGGCUGUUUUGUGCUUAUCAUAACCCCCCGGGUUUUCUGAGAAUUACUUCAGAAUCUCAUUCCUAUUACUUCGAUAUUUGCAGAGCCCAUGUUUAAUGUUGCCACGUGUUUUGAUGUUCUUUUCCUUGGACUGGAGUACCCAACCCAGUUCUAAUAGAUGCUUUGCAUUUUCUCUAUAUGUUGGCAUCUGGAUAUAUUCUUUAAAUGCGUGUGUUUACUUUUAGGACAAUUAUUAGGAAUGAGUUUAUAACUUCAUUAGAAAUCAUUUAUGUUUUUGUUUUCCUGUGAUUAUUUUGAUGGUAUUAGUGACAAGUUUCUUUGUUUUUCAUAUUGUUCUGUUAUGCUAACGUGUAUGUGCAUGACAGAAAUUUAGAGCAGCCAGGGUCUGUCGUCAUCACUUACAUUGUGAGGAAAAGCGCUUCCUAGCAGCACUUGUGUGUGUGGAUGAAUGUCAAGGUGGAUUCGAUUGAUUUAUACUUAUACCCACACUCACACAUGCACACACAUAAAUCAUAAGAUCUGUUGGAAAUGGAAUUUUCCCUUUCCCUGGAGAUAGUUUCCACUUUUAGUUGGAGUAGAGAGCCCUUUCUUCAUAUUUGCAUAUGAGUGUUUUAAUUGGCACAUCCUGCUCUUUAUUUUCAUGUUCAUACACUUUGCCACACUGAGCUGGUGUCUUCUGUGCCAUGGUCAUAUAAGUUUUGAUCAGGGCUGGAUAGAUUAUAUAAGUCAAGCUUGAGAAUGUAUGUAAUUAAUUUAUUCAUUUAUUGAAUUUGAUGGGUUAGGUGGGGUAACUAUGGUACAGGAGUUUACAUUUUGACCAACUGGGCAAGAACCCUAACUGCUUCCAAGGGGACUUGAUCUUCCUCUUAGCUUGUGUGUUGAGCUUUGUCCUGUUUAUUUCUGAUUACAUAAAUAUGUAUGCUCUCUUGAUUUGUAAACUUGAUCCUAUUAUUUUAUAUGCUGAUAUUGUACUUUAGACAUGGUCUUAUUUCCUGAAUUUCCUCUGUGUGUAUUUUAUAGUUAAAUGAUUUGUUUUUGACAUGCAUUUAUUAAAAGCAGGAUGCAGUGGCAUGCACCUGUAAUUCCAGCUACUCAGGAGGCUGAGGUGGGAGGAUCGUUUGAGCCCAGGAGUUUGAGACUAACCUGGGCAACGCAGGGAGACCUCAUCUCAAAAAAAAAAGAUACAAAUGUUGUACAUUUGUUGCCGGACAUAACCUGUGGUUCUUUCUAAAUUGUGAUGCUGUCAUUAAUGACAGAUACUGAAAUUUCCCAUGUCAUGUCAGGUAGUAAGUAGUAUUGGAAUGGUGUUUUCAUUUUUGGAUGGCCCUCGACUGGGAUUAGUAGGAUUUUGUUGGGCAGAAGUAGAUUGGGUGUGCUCAGGCCAAGGGCCGAGUGAGGGGGAUUUGAGGAAUGGUGAAUAGGUCAGUCUAGGAUGAAAGAGAAAGUAGCAGGAGAUGAAGCUGAAAGGGCCAGCUAAGGCAAGAUUGUAGAGGUUUCACACCAGGUGACCGUGAGGACUCAUGGCCAUAGUUAUGGUGGUGGUUUUUGUGAGGUGGGCUGGUAAAGCAGAAAGAUCCAUAAUGUCAGUAUCCACUGGGAUGGAGGGAAUGGGCCAAAAGAUGAGGACACUCUGGCCAUGGGCCCUAGAAUCUGAUGAGAAUCCUUCCUUCCUUCCAAGGUCUGGGAUUCUUAAAUGAAAGCUUGACUGUCACUGAAGAUCAGAUCUGGAAUGGUGCCCAGUUGGUGCUUCUUCACUCCCUCUUAGACUCUCUUGUGAAAAAUGAUCAGAGAAAAAAGUGGUUUCUUGUUGCUAUACCUAAUAUAUUCUACAACCAGCCAAAUACACCUUUGUGAAAAUGGGGCAUGGGGAGUGGUUCUGCAGCUUGAGUCUUCCAGUUUGAAGUCUGUUCCAAUAGGGGAGCAUUUAAACGGGCCAGCCAACGUGCUUGUUGCAUCACUAAUUUAAAAAGUUUGUUUCUACUUGUUAAAAGACUCUUGUAGUCUGACCACUUAAAGUAUAAACCAAAUCAUUUCUUUUAGGGCAAUUCUGUUUAUCUUUCAUCACAAUCCUCUAACAGACAGCUGUCUGAAGAAGAGAUUUUUUUAACAGUGUUCGCGUAACAUACGUCAGAGAGUUGCUUCUUUGUAUUCAAAUAAACACUGGGACUGGGGCCUGGGUUAAGAAUUAGUUUUUAUCUAUAGUAUUUCAUAUGAAAAGAAUAAAAGUAAUUGUAAUGACUAGAAUAGACCUGCCAAAGUUUAAAAGGAGGAUGAGAGAAAUGCCCAGACAACAGUGUACAAACUUAAUUCCUUUCAGUGUCCCAUGGACGUAGGGCAGCGCCAUGUUUCCAGAUGCCUGUGAGUCAGGUCUUCAAGAUUUGUAGAUACGAUUUAUGAAUAAAACAUAAUGAAUAUUUAUGGUACUGGUCUUGUACUUUAGAAGUGUGGGGUUGGUUCAUUGUCAAAGUCAGUUAAAAUUUCUUACAGGAAAGCUUUGCUUUUUGUGGCAACAUUUUUAUAGCUUGUGUAAGUUCCUUGUUUUUAUUUAAUGAUUUGAAAACAGUAUUUUUGCACAGUUGUGACCGUGUGUGGUGGUGUCACUGUAACCAAAGUAUAUGCACCAGCCUUGUACAUUUAUUGUUUCCUCUGAUUUUGUGCAUUUAAAAUGUCCAAAUACAAACCUUUGUGACUUUCUCUGGAGGAUCUGGCAGCACAGCAUGCCCCUGUGACCUGCCCACUGCCGAGUGAGCUGUGACCAGCAGCAGGUUUCCUGCCCUGCGGAGUCCUGAGUUGCUCUCCGGCAAGGGAUUACAUUAUGAAAACUAACCAUGUACCAAUAAAUCUACCUUAGCAGAAA